AUGAGCUCGGGGGGCCGGCGGGGGCCAGGGCCGCUCCAGCUGGUUCUGGUGCUGGUGCUGGUGCUGGUUCUGGUGCUGGCCGUGCCGCGGGGCGCGCGGCGGCGGCGGGCAAUUGUGAACAGAUCCAUUCCUGAUGUCUGUGCAACUUGCCACAUUCAUGCAACAUGUCAGCAAAUUGAAGGAAAAAGUGUUUGUAUCUGUAAUUAUGGAUUUGUAGGCAAUGGAAGAACUCAUUGUCAAGAUAAAGAUGAAUGCCAGAUUGGAGCCAGCAAGAUCUGUGGAAAUCAUACCCUGUGUCAUAAUACACAUGGAAGUUUUUACUGUGUUUGUCUUGAUGGAUACCGAGCCUCCAACAACAACAAGACGUUUAUUCCCAAUGAUGGCACAAACUGUACAGAUAUAGAUGAAUGUGAGGAGUCUGGAUUGUGUGGUCACAAUGCAAGAUGUGUGAAUACUGAAGGAAGCUACAUGUGUUACUGCAAUGAUGGUUAUAAACUAGAAACUGGAGAGCAGGUUUUUCAUCAAGAUGGAAACAUAGUUGCAUGCAAAGAAAUCGGAUGUGGCUCCCCUCCUGAAAUGAAGCAUGGCUACAUUGUGGGCAACUACAGCUUGCUACCAGGAAGUGCAGUUCAUUAUGAGUGUCAAGAAGGGUUUUACAGCAAUGAAGGAAAGUUCUCAUACUGCACUGCAAAUGAAACUUGGGAACCUGCUACUUUAAGCUGUAAAGAAAUAGAUUGUGGCAAACCUCUGCUCAUUCCACACACGACAAUGACCUGGGACAACUCCACCACUCUGUGGAGCAGAGUGUACUAUAACUGCAAAGAAGGAUAUUAUUUCAAUGGAGACAGGAAUUUUUCAGAAUGCACAAUAGAUCAGUCGUGGGAGAAUAUUACAUACGUAUGCGAAGAGGAGGAAUUACUGAGUAAUUUAUCCAUAUUCAAUGAAACAUGUGUGAGGUGGCAAAGGAAAACUGGAAGACUGGGAGUGCAGGAAACAUACACAUUUCAUAUACUGGGCCAAAGAUUGGAUGAGAAGAUAUUCUCAGAAGAUAUGAUAUUUAACAUCAGUACUAGUGAAGAUAAUCCAAAGGUGUGUUUAGAUCUGAACUCUGGAAGUAACUACAUGGUGAAUAUAACUACCAUUUCUUCCACAAACGUCACUGUCUCAGUUACACUAGCAAUUCAAACAAAGGUAAAGGAAGCUUUCAAUAACGUAUUAAUUUUUAAUGAUACCUGCUUGAAAUGGAGGAGAAAUGUCAGGGGAACUGAUGUGGAAGACAGAUACUCGUUUCAUGUCCAAGGCCAGCGCUGGUACCAGAAGAACUUCUUUCAUGAAAUGACCUUUGAACUUUCCACACACAAGCAAGCUCCUGAAGUUUGUUUAGAUUUGCAACCAGGCACCAAUUACUCUAUUAAUAUUUCCAUGGUAGCUUUGAAUUUUUCACUGCUUGUUUCUAUGACAACACAAAUUACAGAUCCCCCUUUCCCAAAAGUAGAAUUUGUUGCAGUUAAAGGUUCUGCACCUUUGCUCAGACUCCGGAAAGCAGAAGAUCAGAAUGGACCAAUCAGUUUUUAUCAAGUGAUUGUGCUUCCUCUGGAUUUGCAAAGCACUUUUAUUUGUGACUCCUUUGCUGCUACAACUUUCUUUAGUAACACCACUGACAUUAAAGGAUAUGUGGCAGCUGAAUUUCGGGCGAAGGAUGUUGCUGAUAAUAUGUCAAUUACUCUUGGAGACAGACAUUAUUAUGGGAAGUUUUAUAAUGCUCCUUUAAAGCUGGGAGAAGAGUAUUGUGUUUUUUUGAAAAUAAUAAGUGAGUGGAAUAAGGUAAGAACACAGUCCUGUACUGUUUGGGCACAAAUUAAAAAUUUAUCACCCCCUCUGCAAUACAUGACUGCUAUUGGAUUAGGGUCAGUGGCUGCUGUCUGCCUUAUAUUGUUCCUGUCAUUCUCCAUGGCACGCUCUUGUCUUCACAGCUCAGUGCAUCCCCCACCUGCUGCUGUAGCCUGUGAGGCUGUACAUUUAUCUACUACAGUACACGUGGCACAAGCAGGGAUUGCAUCAUCAUUCCUAGAGGCUGAAAGUGUCUCUCUUCUCUGAUGGUUUAUUACCUGAAGUCAGCGUAGAAAAAACGUGCUCUUCUUUCAAAGCCAGCAUGUGUUGGGUGUCUGCACGUCACAUAUGUACUACAGCAUGGGCAGUUUAAAUGUGUUUGUCAAGACGUUUAUUGUCUUGCCUUAAUCCAGAUGGUGUGGUGUUUCAAAGAGAACCUUCCGUCACAAGCAGGUUAUCAUGCAUCCCAUGUGUUGGUCACAGGCUUUCAGCUAUUCCAAUUGCAUGAGUGCCUGAUAAUGAGUGCUUGUGUUGUACUUGAUUACACAAAUAAUCCCGUGAUCCAAUUAAGACUGUUUGAGGAUUAACUGCUACUUUAGAUACCUUUGCACACAUAAACUGGCCUAUUAUGAACAAAAAUAGAGACGUACACUGAUGCCAGAAAAAGUACCUAUUGUAUUUCCAAUUAUAAAGGUAGAACACUUCUGUCAGUCACUUACAAGUAAUGAUACAUCAGCAACGUUACACUUGUUAGCCAUGAAGUUGCCACAUUCAAGAAGUGUCAGCAACUGAUGUGUUCCAGAGAUACUGCAGUCAUUGCUCAUAACAAUUAGCAGUAAUUGCAAAUAAUAUACCAAUCUAUAAAACUGCAGUUUGCUCAAAAGCUGCUUGCUUUAAUGGCAUGUGAAAUUAAUUUAAGGAAGGACCUUCCUGUGUUAAGUGCAGUUUUGUUAAUCUCAAUUCUAUAAUUACAGCUGAGAAAAGCUAUUAAGCCAUUGUCCGGUUAAUUGGCUUGUGUGUAACAUCUGGCUAGAGUCACUUAAUGAAGUACAAUUAACUAAUUUCCUGUGGAAUACUCCCAGUUAAUACAUUUUUCUUUUCUUCUGUGAGAAAGAAUCAGUGGCUUUGAUUAUUUCCAGUCCUCUUCAGAAGUUGCUUUGUUAUAUGUUAGCAAAAACAAAAAUCUGUAAACUGAUGAAAUAAAAAAGCAGGAACUUUGUGAUUUUUUUUAAAGUUAUGUUUUGUGUUUACCAUUGUAAAUAUAUGCUAUGCAUUUUUGGAAUUGUUAAGUUUCUGAAUUGCUAAGAUUCUGAUGCCUGCUGCUCUUAUCAUUUUAGAUGUUCUGUCUCCCUGUGAGAUGUAAUUAGGGUCUUUUUGGGUUUAAAGUGCAACAGCAGAUUUCAUAGUUAGAAGCAAAGAGAAAUAAAAGCCAGAAGAGUUUUCAAUUGCUGCAUCCAGCUGAGAGUGUUUUCUUCCAGGACUGGGCAGAUACUAUUUCAGUUAUCCUGCAUUUCCACAGCUGUCCUUCAAGUUAAUAUUUAAUAGCUGAGUAAGAGCACCUUUGUUGCUAAUUGAGAAGGAAUAACUAAACAGUUCCUACUAGGAAACCAUGCCUUAAUAUUUCAGUUUCUCCUGUGGAAUUUAUUCUCACACAUGCCAUGCCUAAUUCCCUUUCUCAAUGGAAUAGAUUACAAGGUUUGGUAUAGCAGUUCUAACUGCACCACUUCAUUCUGAUUCAGUCUCCUGCUGCUCUGGUCGUGUGAGAGAGUUCAUGAGCAGCUGUUCCUGUGUAAGAAAGAGCUGGAGAGGCUGGAAAUUAUUUAAAGAGACAGAUGUGCCAUCCUCUGUAGAAAAACUGAACUUCUUUUUAUGCUUUACUGAGACCAGCAGUGUUCCAGUAUGCUACACUUGAUCAGGACCAUAAGGUCCAUCUUGACAGUGGGUAUAAUUGGAAAACUGGAGGUCUUUGUGUAACCUUCAGCAAGUUAUUUCUUUUCUAUGUGCUAAGUUGCUUUUUCAUAAUAUAAAGUUUUCAGAGCAAGGUUUUUUCCUUACAAAACAUCCAUACUUCUGCUGGUAGUUAGAUAACGUAUUUAAUAACUGAUACAGACAUCUUCACACAUUGUAGCUGCUUAAUACCCAGGAAUGGACUGAUAAAGGAGAAGAGAUGAGGCAGGACUCUCUGGCAUCUUCAGUUUUCCACAACAGCUACAGUUCUGCAAGUUUCCCUCAUUCCCUCUGCCUCCCUUGUCUCUCUGGGCAGACCUACCUCUGGCUGUAAGCAUAUCUUCAUCUGUGUUUAUCUUACUUCUUCAUGUACUUAUCUUUCUUCCACCUACAUUGGUUUCAGUUAAAUGAAGAAGGAAAAGAAAACUAAUUUAGUCUAGCCAGCCUCAGAUAGAUGUGGAAAUGUUAACAGCUUUUUUUGUUAGACACUUGCUGUAUUGCUCCUAAGCUUUUCUACUGAACUAAUUGCAAUGAGAUAACCACACUGUCAUGCUUCCAGAAAUUCUAGAGACAUUUCUAGUGAUCUUUCACUGUUGUGUCUUCAGUUAGCACUGAAAUUCAUCUUUUUCUUCCAGUUUUUUCUUUGCUUCUUGGAUAGGUGUUCCACACCCCGGCCAAGUAAAGUUACGCGAACUGAAUCUACUCUGCUUUUACUGCUGAUCUGUACCACCUCACAGUGCUACAUUGAAACGCGCUGUAUUGAGAAACUCUUGGUUUAGAUCCACACCAAUGUCUGUGGUGUCUGCAAAGUGUUUUAAUCCUGUUUAUAGGAAAUGGGAAAUUGUUAGUCCUGGAUGAACAAUUCGUGUAAGCUUAAGUGAAAUAAGUUUUUCUAUUUUAUUUUAUUAUUGUGGAAUAACACAGGGCACUGUAAAAAUCCAGCACUUAUGCAAGUAAUUGUGAUGGUAUGUCAAACGAAAAAGAUUUUAUUGUAAAAUACACUUUCUGCUACAUGUUGCUGAUGGGUCCUUUCAACCUUUUGGUGAGAUUUCUUGGUUGUGGGCAUGAUAAAGACAGUCAGAAGCCAGCCAGGCUUAUCUGUUUCAGUAUUUAUAUGGUCAAUCAAUUGUACAAACAGGGCUAGAUAAAUGAGGCAGUGUCAUGGUUUUAAGCCCACAAGUCAAUGGAAAUUAAACACCUCACAGCCACUCCCUUCCUCCUCCCCUCCGUCCCUCUCUCCCUGCAAUCCAGUGGAAUUGGGAGGAAAAUGAAAGUAAAACUUGCAUGUUGAGCUAAGAACAAUUUAACAAUUGAAAAUAUAAUAAAAUACAAUAAUAAUGCUGACUAAUAAUAAUAAUAGUGGAUAGAGAAAAAAACUAGUGAUGCACAAUGCAAUUGUUCACUGCCCACUGAUGGAUGCCAGCAUCUCUCUCCCCCUCCACCCCAAACCCAGAUUGACUGAGUUUCUGGGUGACUCCCCCCAGUUUAUGUACUGGGCGUGAUGUUCUGUGGUGUGGAAUAUCCUUUAGCCAGUUUGGGUCACCUGUCCUGGCUAAACUCCCUCCCAGUUUGUUGGGCUUUUUGCAUACCUCCUCAUUGGCUGAGCAUGAGACAAGGGAAAAAAACAAAGUCCUUGAUUAAGGAUAAACACUGUUUAGCAAAGCCCAAAACAUUGGUCUGUUAUCAAUACCAUUCUCAUUCUAAAUCCAAAACACAGCACUGUAACAGCUACUGAGAAAAAAUAAAUUCUAUCCCAGCUGUAACCAGGACAGCAAGUAUGCUCCUUGUGUUUGUGUAUGUUCUCAGAUUUAACUAUUCUGAAUCACCACUCCUGUGUUCCAAG